GGUAACCUUUAGACCAUAAAGAAGUUUAUAAUAGAACAGAUAAAAAUAUAAUAAAACAGAGUGGGAUACAUAUAACGUGACAUUCAUAAUAUACUUACAUAUUUAAUUAUUAUUUAUGUACUUUCGAUAACAUUAUAUUAUUUCUCGACAUGAAGCUAUUAUCGAACUUUGUCCUAAGUGCGUACAAACAUCUAGGACAUCUAGGUUACCCUGGUGGCAGUCGACCUAACUGUUUUGUCAGUUUGAGAAAAAUGGCGACCGAGGUGGAGAAGGCACAAUCAGCUGUGUCAGAAAAAGAUACAAUAUUUGGAAAAAUACUACGCAAAGAGAUUCCGUGCAAGUUUAUUUACGAAGAUAAUCAGUGCGUUGCAUUUGAUGAUUUAAAUCCUCAAGCACCUGUACAUUUUCUGGUGAUUCCACGGAAAUCAAUUUCGCAACUUUCCAAAGCUCAAGAUGAAGAUGAACUUUUACUUGGUCACUUGAUGAAUGUUGCCCAUAAAGUUGCAAAGCAGAAAGGCUUAAUAAAUGGAUUUCGCCUGGUUAUCAAUGAUGGAAAACAUGGUGCACAGUCUGUGUAUCAUUUACAUUUGCAUGUUCUUGGUGGUCGACAAUUGCAAUGGCCACCUGGUUAAUAUGCUCAUAUGUUUAAAUGGACAAGAACAACUUUUAUUAUGAAAUAUAAAGUAGUCUAACUAAUAGGAAGAUUAAAGGUAUGGGUUUUGUCACACAAAUUUUUUCUUAUCCUAAAUAUAUCUAAAAUAUAUGUUUGAAAAGUACUACAUAAAAAAAAUACACCACGAUUAAUAAUAUUA